CAGGGACCCAGCCUCCCUUCAGUUUGGCUUAUAAAGAGUGGCCCAGGGUCUCCGUCCAGACCAGACCUUGCGCCUGACCCGUGGAUACCAUGGCUGCCACCACCACCAGCAUCCGCCAGUUCUCAACCUCCGGCUCUGUCAAAGGCCUGUGCAUGCCUGGCGGGAGUUUCUCCCGGAUGUCCUCUGUCCGUGUCGGGGGUGCCUGUCGGGCCCCCAGCCUCCUGGGAGGCGGCGGCAGCUGUGGCAACAUGUCAGUCACUUCGUCCCGCUUCUCAUCGAGUUUCGGGGGCGGCUAUGGUGGUGGCUACACCUGCAACCUGGGUGGGGGCUUUGGCUCCAGCUUUGGAGUGUCAGAUGCCCUGCUGGGGGGCGGCGAGAAGGAGACCAUGCAGAACCUCAACGACCGCCUGGCCUCCUACCUGGACAAGGUGCGUGCCCUGGAGGAGGCCAACGCCGACCUGGAGAUGAAGAUCCGUGAAUGGUACAAAAAGCAGGGCCCGGGGCCUGCCCGCGACUACAGCCACUACUUCAAGACCAUCGAGGAGCUGCGGAGCAAGAUCCUGGCAGCUACCAUCGACAAUGCCAGCUUCGUGCUCCAGAUCGACAAUGCCCGUCUGGCCGCUGACGACUUCCGCACCAAGUACGAGACAGAGCUGAACCUGCGCAUGAGCGUGGAGGCCGACAUCAAUGGCCUGCGCAGGGUGCUGGACGAGCUGACCCUGGCCAGGACUGACCUGGAGAUGCAGAUCGAGAGCCUCAAGGAGGAGCUGGCCUACCUGAGGAAGAACCACGAGGAGGAAAUGAAUGCCCUUCGUGGCCAAGUGGGUGGGGACGUCAGUGUGGAGAUGGACGCAGCCCCUGGCGUGGACCUGAGCCGUGUCCUGAAUGAGAUGCGCGACCAGUAUGAGAAGAUGGCCGAGAAGAACCGCAAGGAUGCCGAGGACUGGUUCUUCACCAAGACGGAGGAGCUGAACCGUGAGGUGGCCACCAGCACCGAAGCCCUGCAGAGCAGCAGGACAGAGAUCACAGAGCUCCGCCGCUCCGUGCAGAACCUGGAGAUAGAGCUGCAGUCCCAGAUCAGCAUGAAAGCAUCACUGGAGAACAGCCUGGCCGAGACGGAGGCGCGCUACGGGGCCCAGCUGUCCCAGCUGCAGGGGCUCAUCAGCAGCAUCGAGCAGCAGCUGUGCGAGCUGCGCUGCGACAUGGAGCGCCAGAACCACGAGUACCAGGUGCUGCUGGACGUGAAGACGCGGCUGGAGCAGGAGAUCGCCACCUACCGCCGCCUGCUGGAGGGCGAGGACUCCCACCUGGCUACUCAGUAUUCCUCGUCCCUGGUCUCGCAGCCCUCUCGGGAUGCCAUGGUGACAAGCCGCCAGGUGCGCACCAUUGUGGAGGAAGUUCAGGACGGCAAGGUGGUCUCCUCCCGCGAGCAGGUCCACCGCUCCACUCACUGAAGCCCCUUCCAGCAUUGGAGGCCACGGGGCAGCCAUCGCCUCCAGCUCCCAGCAUGCUGCUGCCAGGUCCCGGGGCCUGCCUGGGCCCCACCCCGUGAGCUGCUUUCUCUCUGUA